AUGAAUAACACAGUCAAGGCAUCGAAAUAUGAAAAUAUUUCUAUGCAAUGGACGGAAGCGGUGACAGUGGUUCUAUGGGAUGAAGAAGUCGGUGCUUGGCUAGACCACGAUAUGUUUAAUAAGAAAAAACGAAAUAACUCUUUCCCGACCAGUAUACCACCGCUUAUGCCGGGUGCUACAAAAACAGCAAACUUUUGUAUAAAGGGUUCUGAAUUAUUUGAAUAA